AUGUUUGCCUCCUCUUCCUCCUCUGUCUUUGUCCAGUUUUGUUGUUCGUCUUCUGCGAGGAACAACAACAGAACAAAAAGUAACGUGAAAUUGCGAUCGAAUUCUUCUCUGUCGUCGUCACCUUCAACGAAGAAGAAGUCGUUAUUCAAAAGGGCUGCGACAGUCCUCACUCACGCCUCGUCCGAGUCAAAAGUGAGCUCGAAACACCUCCCGGGGAAAAUUAUCCUCCAAGGGGAAAACAAUUUGGAAGUCACGCCGGCGAUUCGCGCGUACGUGGAAGAAAAGUUGGCCAAAGCAGUGGCCAACGCCGAUCCGAGGGAUGUGCGGGAAAUCGAUUGCAGAGUGGCGUCGCGAGGCGGCGCGGAUCACGCGACGAAAGGGGCGCACGUGUGCACGACGAAAGCGACGGUGUUGACCAGAGCCGGGCAGAUUGAAGUCGUCGAGGAGCACGAGGAUUUAUACGCGAGCAUUGAUAAAGUCGCGGACGGUUUGAAGAGACAGUUGCGGAAGUUUACCGAGAAGCGCGAAGGCAACGCGAGAGGGAAGAAAGAGGAAAUAUUGAUGGCGGCGGGGUCGCAAGACGACGACGAGGACGAGGUACCGCCGGCGGCUUGA